UGAAUUCCUUCUUCCUCAGAAAUGAUCAAACACGGCAGAGGAGAACUGAUACUAGGUCAGUGGGAAGAAGUGUUAUUGUUGAUAAGUGGCGUCAUGCAGGCCAUUUGGUGGCUGCAUCUUUGGAGUAAUGGGAGAGUUACAAUGUAGGAGGAGGAGGAACAAGAAACAACUGAUUCAAAGCGAUAAAGAUUUAGGCUGCGAGUCGAGUUUAACUCCUCUUGGCUUGUAACGCCUUUUCCUCAGACACGCCUCAACCUUCAAACUCGCGGCCACUCAAAGAAACUAUGGGAAGUGGGGACAGCUAUUAGUGGGUGUGGGCUGUCAAUCUAACCAACCCGCCCCGGCGCUGCAGACGGGAAGCGCACUGUUCACAACUAAUCCAGCAGCUGUAGAGUGGGAUCUCUGUGGCAUCGCGCAGCACCAGCGAGCGACUGACGGCCAAAAUGUAAAGGACAAGCAGCCGUACACCGCUUCCCGAAAGUAGGUGUGAAAAGUGCAGUUGUCUCAAAACGAUGCGUAAAGUUGACGUCGCGCAGAAUGGACGCGCAGUGAACUGUGCGUAAAAAGUGAGCCAAAGAGGACAGAAGUAAAACUUUUGCGGUGGUCGGGAGGCUUUUGUCGAAUGUGAUGGAUGUGCGCCUUUGGGACAUAGCUAAAGACUGACAGCAAGAGGAAGAAACAAUAUUCAGCUGAUGCCUGCUUUCCAGAAUUUGGCGACGGAAACAGAGCGGAGCGGAGCGGAGCAGAGCGGACAGUCGGGCAGCGGAUGCUGGACAAGCUCGUGAAUCGAAUUUGUCUGCGGAGCAGAUUUUAUGUAAGAAGUAGGACAACGCCGCCCAGCUAGUUCUUUCCGUCCUGCGAAGGGAGUUCAUGUCGUCCAGCAUCCUGUUGUUAUGAUAAAGUUUAGCGCGGAAGGGUCAAUUCCACGAAACGUUGCCUCCAGCUGAUGCCACUGCUCCAGCGGGAGUUUGCGGAAAGUUUUGUCGUUUACAUCCUACUGUCUACCUCUUCUAAAAAUGCACAAGAGUGGCGAGCCUGCUCCGACCGCGAGCUGCACGGACGGGGAGAGCAUCAACCUCAGCGUGCUCAACUGGGAGCAAGUGCAGCGGCUGGACAACAUCCUUACCGGCUCCAUUCCCAUCCACGGCCGAUGGAGCUUCCCCACCCUAGAGAUGAAGCCGCGGGACAUCGUCAAGGUUGUCCGGAGUCGCAUGGAGGAGAAGCGGAUACAUGUCCGGGAGGUGCGACUGAACGGAUCCGCGGCCAGCUACGUCCUGCAUGAGGACAGCGGUCUGGGGUGGAAAGAUCUGGACUUAAUAUUUUGCGCCGAGCUGAAAGGAGAGAUGGAGUUUCAGAUAGUGAAAGACAUAGUUCUGGACUCUCUUCUAGACUUCUUGCCAGAAGGAGUGAAUAAAGAAAAGAUCACACCAGUGACCUUAAAGGAGGCUUAUGUGCAGAAGAUGGUGAAGGUGUGUAAUGACUCAGACCGCUGGAGUCUCAUCUCACUUUCCAACAAUCGUGGCAAGAAUGUGGAGCUCAAGUUUGUGGACUCUCUCCGGAGGCAGUUUGAGUUCAGCGUGGACUCGUUCCAGAUUCGCCUGGAUUCGCUUCUCCUCUUUUACGAGUGCUCCGAGCACCCCAUGGCCGCCACUUUCCACCCGACAAUCCUGGGGGAGAGUGUCUACGGUGACUUCCCCACUGCUCUCGAUCACCUGCGCAAGCGCCUCAUCUGCACCAGGAGCCCCGAGGAGAUUCGCGGCGGGGGCUUGCUGAAGUACUGCCACCUGCUGGUGCGGGGUUUCCGCGCAGCCUCCGACACCGAGAUGAAACUGCUCCAGCGCUACAUGUGCUCGCGCUUCUUCAUAGACUUCCCUGACGUGAAUGAGCAGAGGAGAAAGCUAGAGUCCUAUCUACAGAACCACUUCGUGGACCUGGAGGACAGGAAGUAUGACUACCUGGCCACGCUGUACGAUGUGGUGCAGGAAAGCACGGUGUGCCUGAUGGGCCACGAGAGGCGCCAGACGCUCAGCCUCAUAUCGUCGCUGGCGCUUCGCGUCCUGGUCGAGCAGAACGCCAUCCCCAACGCUGCCAACGUCACCUGUUUCUACCAGCCGGCCCCUUACGUCUCAGAUGGCAACUUCAGCAACUAUUACGUGGCUCAGGUUCAGCCUGUCUACUCCUGUCCACCCUCGCCUCAUCAGCAGUACCUUCUACCUUCACAGCAUCACAUGUACGCCACCUGGCUGCCAUGUAACUAACUUGUGUACAUCCAUGCACUUUCGCGUAACUGGUGGAAGUCAUACCACCUUAAAAGGGAUGGAUGGUGAUAUUUUGUUUUUAUAUCUCUUCCUUCCUUGAAAUGAAAAGGCAAAAUUAGACCUAGAGGGCAGAUGAAAGAAGAGAGUAGAGGAAGGAAGGAAGGAAGAUGAUUACAAGGAACCAGGGUGAAGGCAGUGGGCAAGGGAAAGGAUCUCUCCCUGGGCUUGGGUGCUACAGCAGGAUGUGCUGAGCACACAUGGAGACAUGCCAGCGAGAGAGGCUGACCUAUCAGUUUGAGGGUUUCUAGACCAAACCACAGCAGACACAGAGUCUUGGCGUCAUCAUCAGCCCGGAUGAGACAGCUUCGUGAGUUUCGGCCCAAAGGAACUCACAUAUCUGAAGAUGAACAAUAUCCCCAUCUUCCUCACAUUACGAACCGGAACAGAUGCCCACAUACAGCAUAAUACGAGAAUACGAGUAGCAGAGGACAAACGCGAUGUGCUGUAGACAUUGAUUCAUUCAGAUAUUUUCCAUGUGCACUGUGUGUGUUUCUUGUGUAUGUGUGGGUGUGCAAAUUUCUUGUCACAGACAAUGCAAAAAGAGGAACUGGUUACUGUUUACAAAUCUACUUUGCUACUCAAGUGUUUCUGAAAAAAAAAAAAAAUUGAAACAACAAAACAAUGCAUGCUUUAUUUCUGUACAGAAAUACUCAUUUUAAGUGCCUAGUUAAAGCCUAAAGGGAAAAGCUAUUUUUGUGAUUCUUUAUCAUGGCGGACUAUUGAUUUGUCUCAUUGACAUUUUCAAGGUGAUAAUGAAUGUAUCAGGGUUCAGAGAAUUUACCAACGCCGAGGAGGGCCUCGCACACAGACGCAGGUGUUAGACAAACUCAUCUUUUCAAAAGCGUUUAGCUGAAGUCUCUGCUCUUAUACCAGCCAUCUUACUGGACAAGUUCACAUCCUGAUUACGAAAAGAGGAAGUAACAACAUAAUCUCAUCAUCUGUAGAAGUUGGGGGUGGGGUGGAGCAAAAAUGCUUACUAGAGUAUAAUAGAUUUUAACUUGUACAUAAAUGCACACAGAGAGAACGAGAUUUGUCUUUGAGACAACGGAUAAAGGAGAGAAUCGACUCUUUUAUUGCACAACAAGGUGGAUCAGUGGUCAUGUUGACAAUCAAAAAGACGCUAAGAUCAAGAUAUAAGAGUGCACAUUUGAAAUAUACUUAUUAAGCUUUCUUAAAGCCGAUCUGUGGCGGUUUCUCGGAAGCAGAGUUAUCUUUACUUUUAUACACUACCCAGCAAAACACAUCGAGGGUUUCUUCAGGUUUUUAGGGGGUUGUCGAAGGAACUGCAGCCGCCAACCCCAUGCGUCCUCAUGCGCAUGCAGGAUACAGACUAAAAGAAACUCUGCAGGGUAGCAUUAAGUUAAAAAAGGGAAUAAACAAAGUAAAUGAAGCAGACAUGCAAAUGCGCAAAUGACACUGGAAAGUUGUGAUACAAUCGAAACAUGAUUCAUUUUUUAUAUCUUCUUUUUUUCAUCAAAUGCAUGAUGAUGAUCCCUUUUAAUGUAUUUUGUGUGUGCAGUUCGAAGGCGUGAUGUUGUCGUAAUGUAUGCACUGUCCAUGAAAAAUGUCAAAAAGAGAGAAGGUUGGGGACACAAUCUGUACGAGGGGCCGGCAAUUGAAUUGUGUGCGCAAGGUCGAAUCAGCACAGGAAUACUACUGGGGCUAGAGACCCGGCAGAGAGAAUACUUGAGAUACGAAACGAGAACAGCUUCGAACUGUGAUGUGAGCUCAUCGACCAGGGCGUAUGUAAUCCUCUCUUAGAUGGCAGCCACUGAAAUUUAAUCUCACAGAGGAAAUAAUACAGUAAAAAAAUAUUACAAAUUUCACAUGUUCAUUUCAACCACAUGGAUUUUCGAAGGGUAAUAAAACAUAGUCUGGGUUUGCAUUUGCGAGGAUCAUGAAAACAACAGGUGUACAUUUUUAGCUUUGAAUGCUGACUGCGUACUCUCUCCAACAUGUCAGAUCUCCUAUUUUUCUAUCAAUCUCUAUUUUUGUACAGUGUUCGACUGGCAUACGGUAGCAGCCAAAACUGUGUGACUGAAUCCAAGAGUAUGUUGUUGUUGUGUGCGAGAUCUGUGUUUUACUUUGGCCGACAAAGAGCAGGUAUGCAUGGCGGCUAGGUCGAUUACACUCGUCCAACCUGUGUUCAUUGUAGGGUAUGUGUGCUCGCAGCUGUUUCGCGUGGAUUUCUGUUGCUCUAAAGAGAUUGUUCCUCAGUGUGUUAAACUGCCGUCCUGUUUGGUCAUGACGAUCAGAUGAGUGUGUUCAAGUUGCCGACUUGAUGAUUAAAAGCAAGAAAAGAAA